CUGAUGUUGCAAGUGGCAUGUUAAAAUGUCACUGAAGAAGAUGCUGACGGGAGGAACCCUUGGACGCGGUUAUCUCUUGUCUGAUGGCGCCACCAGGAAAUAAUUUGUGAGAACACCGGACGGAAGUUCGCAAAGACUGCAAGCUUUCAUAGGGGCAGGCAAAGCCAACACUGACAGUAAAGAAAAUUGAUAAAACUUUGCCCCGUUUAAAAGACCCAGGCUCCCCUUCCCUACCUUAUGGCUACCAAUUCAAACAUAGAUAUAGAGGAUGCGACUCAGCAUCUUCGGGACAUCUUGAAACUGGACCGUCCUGGAAAUAUCGCCGACGCAAUUACAAGUGAUACUCCUAAAAAGACAUCUUUCAAUGGCGAGUUGAAUGGGCUGCUUGGAGCUGAGUUCAUCGGAACAGGAGACUCUACAGAUAUGGCUGGGGCAUCAGGUCGCAGCCCAGAGAAUCUUAACACAGAAGACUGCCAGACCAUCUGCCUGUCUGGGGAUGAUGGUUCCACUUGUGUUGCCAUCACCUCCAGCCAUGUAGAAAUAGUGGCAAGUCGUGACUCCAGCAUUGACAGUAAGGCUCGUGGAAGUAACAAGGUGAAGAUACAGCCUGUGGCUAAGUAUGACUGGGAGCACAAGUAUUAUUAUGGCAAACUUAUUGCGGUGUCCAACACAUACUUAGCCUAUGCCAUCAGAGGUGCACACAACCACGCGAUGAUCCGUGUCCUGAGCCUGGGCUCGGCCGAGCGCACACUUCUCAAGGGCUUCACUGGCGCAGUCACGGACCUGGCCUUUGCCCACCUGGACUCCACCCUGCUGGGCUGUGUCGACGAGGCCGGCAACCUGGUCAUCUGGCAGCUGACCAGCAUCAGUGGAAAGAUCCAAGACGAGGUGGUGGUGCACAUCCGCAGACCGGAGGACACGCCGCUGAACUCCCACAGGAGGCUCAUCUGGUGCCCCUUCAUCCCCGAGGACAACGAGGAGAGCCCGGAAGAGUCCUGCCAGACCUUAGCCCUGCUCCAUGAAGACCGAGCUGAGGUUUGGGAUCUGGACAUCCUUAAAUCCAACCACAGCACCUGGCCUGUGGAUGCCACCGAUCUAAAAGAGGGCUUCAUCACCAUCAAAGGACACACAGCUCGCAUAAGCGAAGGAGCUUUAUCACCUGAUGGCACCGUGCUGGCCACCGCCAGUCAUGAUGGCUAUGUUAAAUUCUGGCAGAUUUACAUUGAGGGACAAGAUCAACCCAGGUGUGCUAAUAAGAAAUGUCUACAUGAGUGGCAGCCUCAUAAUGGGAGGCCUCUGUCGUGCUUACUGUUUUGUGACAACCACAAGAAGCAGGACCCUGAUGUGCCGUUUUGGCGUUUCCUGAUCACCGGAGCGGAUCAGAACCAGGAGCUUAAGAUGUGGUGCACGGUCUCAUGGACCUGUCUGCAGACUAUCAGGUUCUCUCCAGAUACGUUAAACUCGAUUGUGCUGCCCAGUCUGAAGGCCAGCCUUGAUCUAGCUGCAGAGUGUCUGAUUUUGACAGAUGUACAGAGGAAGGUGCUGUAUGUGAUGGAGCUGCAUCAGGACCAAGAGAAAGGCCGUGCUAGCUUCACAGCCGUCUCAGAGUUCCUGCUCACGCACCCUGUGCUCAGCUUUGGCGUGCAGGAAGUUACACGCAGCCGACUGCGCCACACUGAAGUGCUUCCCCCAGACGAGGAGAGCGAGAGCCUGACUACAGAAGGAACCCAGGGCCCUAUGGAGUCCAAGUCAGGAAUCAAAAUCAAACUGUACUGUGUUCACACAAAGUCCCUCCAGGAUGUGCAGAUCUGGUUCCAGCCUGACCUGAGCUCCUCCAGUUUGCUGUGCUCAACGCACUCUGGGUCACAGGAAGCCUUAGCAGGUUUCUCGGACAAUCUGACUGACCUGAGCAUGGAGGGCCUGAGCUCAGAUAAGGACUCCGGCAGCGACUCCCAGAACGACCUGUGCAAGAUCCCUGCCCUUCCCGCCCCUGCAGACUUCCUGAGCUCUGUGGGUGCCACCAUGCCCAAACUUAUGACCCCUGAUGCCUUCAUGACCCCCAGUGCAUCAGUGCCGGCCUCACCAGGCAGCGGUGCCAGCAGCCUGACCAUCGUGACGGCUAUGAGCUCCGACAGUGGUGCCAGGGGAGGUGAAGACAUGAGCCAGAGCCCAAAGCUGUCUUUGGACAGCGGCAGCAGUGGCCUCGGUCUGAUUCCCAGCACCAGCAGCCCCAGGGCCAACUCCAUCCUGAUCUCAGGCCUCGGAGACAUCCAGGUACCUCCGCUUUCGAUGGACCUGCAGGCCAUGGAGCCCCUGCAGCCCAUGCAGGUCAUGGAGCCCCUGCAGCCCAUGCUGCUGCUGCCACAGGCGUCCCCGACACGCGCCCGCUCCCCGGACGUCAUCUCGUCCGCUUCCACCGCCAUGUCGCAGGACAUCCCUGAAAUCGCCUCAGAGACGCUUCAGCGUGGUUGCCUGGCCGCCAGUGUUGCAGCCGCCGCAGCUGGAGAUUCCAUUCAAGUGUCCUCUCCAAUGUCCCUCCCCGGUCUCCAUGGUGAUAGCAUGGCUUCAGCCGCCUCAGCGCUGCACAUGCUGUCGCCGCGUAACCGCUCGAGCGGGCCGGAGCUAGGGCUGCCCCCUCUGGAGCUCGUCCAGGGGGUGGGCCCCGUGGAUGGGGAGCAGCGGCUCAGCAACACCCCCUCCCUGCUGGAGAACGCGUUGUCACAGGAGAACGCUGCUGCUGCUGCUGCUGCUGCUGCUGCUGGGGCCUCAUGUGCAGACAACGGAAUCAACCACACCUGGCCUGCCGCCCCGGAUAUCACACGGGAAACGCGCAACAGCCACAGAGACAACGGCAUGGGAGACUGCUCCAGAGAAGAGUUGAAGGACAGACACUCGUCUCCGUACCACAGGCGUGCGUACCACCUUACCCAGAAUGACAGUCAGGAUGCCAGUGCAGAGCAGAGCCUCCAGUCGUCUCCACUCAUCUCUCCUCAACCCAUCUUGUGGCUUGAUUGUGUGGUGCGCAGUGAUCAUGACGAUGAGGUGGCGAGUCUGGCGUCGUCAUCGGGGAACUGUGGCUCCCGCUCGAGCCACAGGCUGCCGGUGAAAGACUGGAAAUCGUCCCCCAGGGGCUCCCCCAAACUCAAGCGGAAGAGCAAGAAAGACGACGGAGAGUCCUCCCAGGUCCGGCAGGGUGAACACCAGAUGAGCCCUGAGAUGUAUGAGGAGCUGCUGCUGAUGUUGCGGAGCCAGCACCGGGACAUCGCUGAGCUGCGUCAGAGCCAGCUGGAGCUGCUUCAGCGGCUCACGGGCCACAUAGACAGCGUGGAGAGCACCGUCAUGGUUCACAUGGUCUCCCAGCAGGAGCAGCAGCAACAACGGGUGGAGCGCAUGCUGGUGGAGGAGCAGCACCGCCACCUGCAGCUGCAGGAGCAGCUCGCCCAGCAGCUGGCCCAGAGCCUGGGCACCACCCUCUCCAACCGCCUGGAUAAGGUGUUGCGUGACGAGAUGAAGAAGACCGUCCCACAGACCAUCGCCAAGAGCCUGGAGCCAGUCACCGGCCAGCUAACCAGCACCAUCGCCGCCAAGCUCACCGCCGUGGAGGGCACACUCAAAGAAAAUGUUACCAAGGUGGUCAAGUCAAAGAACACCACCGAUGCCAUUGGGCGCGCAGCAGCCGAAGCCAUGCAGGGCCCCAUCCAGGCGGCCUAUAAGGAGGCAUUCCAGAGCAUCGUGCUGCCUGUGUUUGAGCGCGGAUGCCAGUCAAUGUUCCAGCAGAUCAACGACAGCUUCAAACAGGGAACCCACGAGUACAUCCAGCAGCUGGAGACCCAUGUAAAGAACAGGAAGCAGCGGGAGCAGGAGGCACGGGACCCUGUGAUUGGCCAGCUGCAGCAGAUGAUGGAAUCCUUCCAGAACUCCACAGACCAGCUGGCCAGCACCGUGACGGCCAGCGUGCGGUCCGAGGUCCAGCACCAGCUCCACAUGGUCGUGGGAAACCUGCAGGACUCAAUCCUGACUCAGGUGCAGCGGAUCGUGAAGGGCGAGGUGAGCCAGGCCAUGAAGGAGCAGCAGGCGGUGGUGACCUCCAGCAUCAUGCAGGCCAUGCGUUCAGCUGCCGGCACACCCGUCCCCACAGCUCACCUGGACUACCAGAGCCAGCAGGCCGCCAUCCUGCAGCUGCUGCAGCAGGGACAGCUCAACCAGGCCUUCCAGCAGGCAUUGUCUGCUGCUGAUUUGAACCUGGUUCUGUACGUGUGUGAGACCAUAGACUCUCAGCAGGUGUUUGGCCAGCACCCGUGCCCCCUCAUCCAGCCCGUCCUGCUGUCACUCAUCCAGCAGCUGUCCACCAACCUCGGCACACGCACUGAGCUCAAAAUCAGCUAUCUGGAGGAUGCCGUGAUGAACCUGGACCACGGUGACCCGGUGACACGGGACCACAUGAGUGCCGUUCUGGCCCAGGUGCGGCAGAAGCUCUUCCAGUUCCUGCAGCAGGACCCGCAGAGCCCGCUCAGCAAGAGGGCCCGUCGCCUGAUGAUGAUGCUGCAGGGCCUAGUGGUCAACCACUAGCCCACACAAUAUGCGCACAUACAGCCCUCCCAAACAAUGUGCUUCGCAAACCCCCUCUCGCGAGACACACACACACACACACACACACACACACACACACACACACACACACACACACUUUCUGUCUCCCACACGGGGGCACAUAGCAGCACCAUUUACCAUGUCCAUGUAGGCCUGUUCAUAUACAUCCUGCCCCUACACACACACACACACACACACACACACACACACGGGACUGUUUCACUUUUUUUUUUACCUUUCACCCUUGACUCCCCACCCAGCUGGUCUUCUGCAGUUGUUCUGUGAUGGGAUUUUGACAGGCUCAAAUGGAGGAGAUGGUUUAGUGUUAGUGCUUACUAGAUUCUUUUUUUUUUUUGGCUGCACUUGCACUCAACAUACCACCUCAUCCUAAAGUUUGUAAUUUCUCGUCUUAUAUGACGAGCUACAUGGAAGAGAGAAGGCCGUCACUCUUAUUUUUUUGCAAGUGACCAUUGCAAGUCGCCUAACUUUUGUGUGCAAUGCAUCAAGAAGGCAGAGGCAAAAGAAAACCAAAUGGACCUUUUCAGUGUUUCGCUAGGUUGCUUUGCUGGUUUGAAGAUGUUCUGCAGAGUAAUUCAGCUCUCCCAAACAGACAGAACUGCAGUGAGAACUGCAGCUCUAUAGAGAUCUCUUCUUUUCCCUCACUGCUAAAUUUUCAUUUCAUUUUUGCCAGGUUUUCUUUUUUGUUUCAUGAGCUAAAAGGAAUAACAAGGUACAUAUGCACAGGAUGUUGCCUCUACCAGAGACAAGGAGUUUAUUUCUUUAGCCAUCCCCUUGCGUUACAGACAUUUCCAUCUUGUUGAAAAGUAGUUCUGUUUUGUGUGCGAUGGGGGUGUAUUUCCUGUAGGACUGACUACUUUUUGCAUAGACUUUACAAAACUGUACAGUGUUCAUAUGUUAGUGUAAGUUCUUUCCUGCUUUGUUUUUAUGUGUUAGUUAAAGCAGGAGACUGCAGCGCCAUGUACAUUAGUCAAUCAAGAUGAUUGUGACGUCCAGGCAAACAGGAAAAUGGCCGUCCAUGUUUUUUGUGUGUCCCCCCCUUUCUCCAGGGUCUGCAUACACAUCCUCAGAAUCCACCAGCUUCUUACAUUAUUCACACUCUCCGCAUAUGUUGGAGUCAUUCAAGUCGUACUUAUUUUUGUCUGGUCGGUAGUUAAAAACAAAUUAAGUUGUUUUCCAUAGCAAAUCGAGCAAGAUUAGUUGUUACUAAGAGAGAUGUCAGACUCUAUUUGUAAGUGUGCAGUUUUCGCUUUAGUCCGUAGAGGGCAGUAAAUAUGGUAUUUAACUAGGUUUGUUAUUUAUCAUGCUAUUUUUACAGCUGCUUUUUCUCUUCACUAUCUUUUGUAAAUUUUCCACAAUUUGCAAGACUAUUGUUUCUCUUAAAGGUACUGAGUCAUCGUGGCCUUUAAAGAUAUUUUUUUUCCCCACUUACUCUCAACAACCCUCCCCACCCCCCAAGGAGGAUUUAUUGAUUGUGAUGUCAAAUUGGAUAUUAAAACUGAAUAUAGCUCCCAUAACCUGGACUAUAACCUUAACAGAAAGUGCCUUAACAAUGUUCUAGUCUGAGUGGUAAAUUGUUCCCUUAAUAUACAUUAGUGCCAUUUAGGGUAGAAGGAUAUUCUUUAACAGAAGAGAUGGUAAAAUGUAGUCAUAUGGAGAGAGGAGUGGCACUGGUUUAAUGAAACUGUUUGCAAGUCUUACAGAUGGUCCGUUUGCUUUGGGUAUUGUCCAUAUUUUAAAUCAUCGCAUUGAUGUUCUGACUUCUCUGUCGCUGAUGAACAAGCCUUUUCAGUCAGCACUUGUAUUAUUUGCUAAUGAAAAUUUUGAUUUCUCGUUUUGGGUUUUAAGACCAAGGAACCAGCCCUUGUUCUAUGUCUAUCUACCACAUACUCAUUGUCAGCAAGACAAUGAGAAUGUGGUAGACAUCUACCACCCUUGAAAAUAGCGAAAUCCCACUUGUUUCUUUGCCUCAGUAGAUAUUGUAACGUUAUGGCACACACUAAGGGUUUUUUUGUUGUUAUGCUGGUAGGCCGGAUUAAACUAAAUAAUGAUUGAGCUCAGCAUGAUAAGGAGCUGUGCUUAUUUAAAUUAAUGUGAGCCUGGUCUGACUUGGCUAGCAAAUUUUUUUUGUUGACGGAAAGGAUCGGUGCACUAAACCACGACUUUCUUGGUUAGAUUCCAUCUAAGAAACAACCUUUGGUCAAAUAGCUUGACUAUCUGUAUGUUUUAGCUACUGGAAGGUUAACCCCUCGGAUUGUUGAAGCAACCCCUUACUGUUUUUCCAUUAGUUAAAAUGAACGUUAUUCUUACAUAAUGCAGGUUUCGACCAGCAAUUGUAGUGUAUAAAUCAAGAUUUUCCUUCCAACGCUGUUUUUCAUUAAUAUUGAUACGUAUCAGGGUUAGCAACAAAUACGUGAAUGUCCUAUCGAGGCUUGCACAUAACGCUAUAUAAAUAUAUCUAUUUUCCUCUCAAAACGUUGCAUAUUAAGAUUUAGCUCUUGUUUUGUGUAUGAACAGUUUUGAUCGUUUUGUCAUUUUUCCAUUGUUUUGUUUCUCGUGCUUGGACUAUGUUGUAUAUUUUACACCUGUUUCUUUUACCCUAGACGUUUUGGAAUAAAAAAAGAAAAUCACAAUGUU